GAUUGAAGAACACUGUUUGCUGCAUCCCUACCACCACAACACAGAGCAAGCGAGGACUCGGGGAACAGCAUCCUUACAUGAGCCAUUGGUUUCAUUGUGAAGCUUUUUACAUGUGACAGCAAAGCCAGAAAAAGACAUCCAACCAUGAGUUCAUCUGAUGAGGAGUGUUUUGAUGAGCUCAAAGUGUACUUCACCCAGACGGAGUGGGCUCAGCUGGCCAAAUGCGAGAAGGUGCGCUACAGGAACAUGAAGAGGAACCACCUGGUCAUGCUGGCCAUAGGGCUGUCCUCCCCUCCUCCUGCCUUCAUGAGACGGGGUCGUACCAGGAAGGAGGCGUCGGCCAGAGCGCCCCCUGCUGACAGCAGCGACUCAGAUGAAGAGUGGACACCCAGCCUGGAGAGGAGGCCUCCAGCUCCUCGUGCCUUCAGAGCUCCUGUCAGAGUCGCCCCUGUAAGGCGUCCUCAGCCCUCCGCUGCUGCCCCAACAGCUCAGCCAAGCAGUCAGGAGACUUCACAACUGAUCAGCAAUGACAGCAAGACUUUUCCGACAGUCAGGAAAGGCAGUCAGACUUCUCACACAAUCAGAAAUAGAAACCGCAGCUCUCAACCAAUCAGCAGCGAUGCACAGUGUCCUCAGGCCUUAGAAGCGGAUCCCACAGAACAGGCUAUGGAGAAAGAGGGAAAAAAACAGGUCCCUGUUACAAAGAGAGACUGUGUGGAGACUGUGGCUGGACAGGCAGGAAGAGAGCAAAAGCCAGCAGCAAAGAGACCUGGUUUGUCAAAAGGAGAGUGGUUGAAACAGCAGAGAGAUCAACCGGAGAGCUACAGACGUGGAGGCAGUCUGCGGAACAGACCCAGAGUGAGCUAUACAGAGGAAGACGAGCCAAAGGAUGAAGAUUACCUGUACUGCGAGGACUGCGAGUCUUUCUACAUUGAUGAGUGUGGGGUCCACGGCCCCCCAAACUUCACCCCCGACACCCCAGCUCCUGUAGGGGUCCCAGACCGAGCCAGGCUCACCCUGCCGCCCGGCCUGGAGGUCAGAACGUCCAACAUCCCAAACGCAGGUCUGGGGGUGUUCAACCAGGGCCACGCGGUACCCAGAGGGGCCCAUUUUGGCCCCUAUGACGGGGAGGUGAUCGGCAGGGAUGAGGCCGUGGAGAGUGGAUACUCCUGGGUGAUAUACAAGAGUCGCCACACAGAUGAGUACAUCGACGCCAAGAGAGAAACUCACUCCAACUGGAUGAGGUAUGUGAACUGUGCUCGUGAUGGUGAGGAGCAGAACCUGGUGGCGUUUCAGUACAGAGGGGGGAUUUUAUACCGCUGCUGCAAGCCCAUCGUCCCAGGAGAGGAGCUGCUUGUCUGGUAUGGAGAGGACUACGCCAGAGACCUGGGCAUCAGCUUUGACUAUCUGUGGGACAUCAAGAGCAGCGGCAAAGAGGCGACAGCGUCUCAGGUGUUUUCCUGCUCCCUGUGUCCGUUUUCCUACACGGCUCAGAUCUACCUGCACAAGCACAUCAAGAGGAGCCACGUGGACGAGUAUGUGCGACUGCUGAGGUCUGGAGAGAUCAGAUCAGAGACGCUGGCACCCUCCACAAUCAGCAGCAGCAACCACAACACACAACAGAACUCAGCAACCGGUAAAGUCACACAUCCCCAUUCAAAACAGAGAGGAGCAAUUGACCAGAGAGGUCACCCCUGCACUCAGUGUGGCAAGAGCUUCACUCGAGAGGGAAGUCUCAAACUACACCAGCGCACUCACACAGGAGAGAGGCCGUACCGCUGCACUCAGUGUGGCAAGAGCUUCACUCGAGAGGGAAGUCUCAAACUACACCAGCGCACUCACACAGGAGAGAGGCCGUACCGCUGCACUCAGUGUGGCAAGAGCUUCACUCGAGAGGGAAGUCUCAAACUACACCAGCGCACUCACACAGGAGAGAGGCCGUACCGCUGCACUCAGUGUGGCAAGAGCUUCACUCAAGAGGGAAGUCUCAAACUACACCAGCGCACUCACACAGGAGAGAGGCCGUACCGCUGCACUCAGUGUGGCAAGAGCUUCACUCAAGAGGGAAGUCUCAAACUACACCAGCGCACUCACACAGGAGAGAGGCCGUACCGCUGCACUCAGUGUGGCAAGAGCUUCACUCGAGAGGGAAGUCUCAAACUACACCAGCGCACUCACACAGGAGAGAGGCCGUACCGCUGCACUCAGUGUGGCAAGAGCUUCACUGGACAGCAUGAUCUCAAACGUCACCAGCGCACUCACACAGGAGAGAGGCCGUACCACUGCACUCAGUGUGGCAAGAGCUUCACUUAUUCAGGGUCAUUAAAGACACAUCAAUGCACUCACUGGAAAGAGCAGUAACUUUACUUUUGGUGAAACAAGAAGUUUUUUCUUAGCAAAAGCUUCUCUUGCCCUUAAAGAAAUAACAGUAAUGGUAAUAAAUUAUUUUUUUAUUAUUUUCUUAGUUGAGAACACUCACAGUUUUAAAGACUUUGAACUCCAGUAUUUUGGUGUUGUGACAAGAAGCAUGUGACAUAUCUGAAAUAAAUGUACUUUUAUAUUCUGGAGAGGCUUCAUAUGACCAACAGUUUUAACUUUCUUGAAUGAUUGUUAUUGUUUUUAAUGCUGAAAUAUAAUUGUUUUAAGGGCAUGUAAAUACAUUGUGUGUAUGUUGUGUAUGUAUUGAGAAUCUAUAUUAAUAUUUUUCAAGGAACCUACAUGAAGGAAUUCCAUGUACAUUUUGGUGAAAUUAUAUACACCAAGUCGAUCAAAUAUCACAAGAAAGCAAGGAUAUUAUAGCUCUAGUAUUGAUUCACAUUGCAUGCAUGCAGAAGUCUGUAGUAACCCAUUAGCAAACAAGCUGAACUGCGGACAAUUAUACUUAACAUUCCCUUCAUGUAAAGUUUACAGAGCUGGCGUUGGAAGUUCCUGAUUAGGCAACUCCAGGCUGUAGCGAUGAGCUGUCUGAAUGUUUCAUGCUGUAUUUCAUAUAAUUGUGUGAGUGUGGGUAGUAAUUGUUAAAAGGUUAAAUUGUCGAUCAUCAAUUAUUAUUGUAAUGAAUAAAGGAUAUAUGUCUUA